CGUCACAUUGUAGCCGUCCGAUUCAUUCGACAAUAACUGACGGUGGUGCGCCGUCCAACAGAGCUAACGACUGAAAAGUCUGAAUUUUCGUGGUUUUUCGCGAUAUAUACCAUAAUAUAACCAUUACACACGCGAGACUCGUGCAAGAACGCGGUAAACCCGAAAACCGUAUAAUAAUAAAAAUUUGAUGAUGCACCGCGGGAUGACGUUCGGUGGCGGUCAGUCGUCGUCGUCAUCAUUUCUGUUGACGCAAUUGUCGACGAUCGGUGCGUGGUUGAUGUUGUGGUGGUGCUGCGCCGUCACGACGACUUGUGCCACGGAAUUGGAAGACUACUACGAUUACGGUUAUUAUCGUUUCGACGGCAGCGCCUGCGAGUUUUACCAGAUCAUCGAGCCCGGCAACAGUUCGUACUAUUUGUACUCGCCAGGUUUUCCAGACCCGUACCCGACCAGCGAGCAAGACCGAGAAUGCCGGUGGUUCGCCAAGACGCCUUCGCCCACCGACCGGUUGGUGUUGAGUUGUUACGCGUUUGAUUUGCCCGAGAGUCAACUUUGUGAAUCGGACGCAUUAAUCGUGUCUCGAACUGGCAACGCUAACUUUACGGAUGGUAUCAGAUACUGUGGAUCCAAUUCGUACACGAUUAUCAGCCUCACCAACAGUAUGUACGUUAAAUUCGUAGCGAAACGUCAUACUAUCGGCGGACGGUUCUCAUGCUUGAUGGGUGUGAGUCUCGCAGAAUUUCGGAGCUCGGAAAUCGUGACGAACUCGAAUUUUUGCGAAUGUGGAGUGCAACACCAGGGAAAAUUCACGAAUAGGGGAACAGCCGGCGUGAGCGAGUAUCCGUUAUUAGCUUCGCUGAUCGACGGGGAGACAGCAAAAAUGUUUUGCAGCGCGACGGUCAUCGACAGACAUCACGCACUGACUGCAGCCCACUGUCUGAUAAACAUUAAUCUUUUUCGAAUUACCCUUCUCGUCGGCGACCACGACAUGACCUCUCUAGCUAGGGGUAUCGAUUCGAAUUUAUUGGUGGUGGUCAGUGAAAUUUAUAUACACCCGUUGUUUGAUCCGUCAUCCGUCGCUCAUGAUUUGGCCAUUGUUGAAACCGAAGAAGAAAUUCCAUUUUCAUCUAAAGUAGGACCGGCAUGUUUUCCAUUCAAGCACAUCCACACUGAUUUCGUUGGCGAUAUCGUCAAAGUUUUCGGCUGGGGAACUGUAAGCUUUAAUAAACAUGUUGUAUCUGGCACUCUCCAUAAAUCGUACCUUAAGGUUGUACCGACGUCACAAUGUGCCGAAAUUUAUAAAAACGAAACCGACCGUAAUUCGUUGUGUACACAUUUUACUAAAGUCAAUUCUUGUCAAGUUGAUUCGGGCAGCCCUCUUCUAUGGACUGAUCCAUCUACUGGAAGAUUGAACGUUAUUGGUGUAGUUAGUAACAGGUUCAUCUGUGAUGAAUCGAUGCCGUCUAUGCACACCAGACUGGCGACAGUCAACAACAUGAAUUGGAUUAAAGUGAUUCUAAUGGGACAAUAUUAUUGCAGUUAAUUGCAUAUUUGUAUGCCGUAGUGUGUGUUCUGUAAGUGAUUAUGGAGUUUUAAUCUACAUAAAUGUAUUUUCAUAUUUUCUGAAAAGUAUAAUGAAAAUGUGAA